GAGUAUUCUGGCAAAGUACAUAAAUUCUUCGCCAUCUUCAUACACACGUGUCUUUGAUGCAGUGACAAACACCCCUUACUACGAUGGCUGCCAAUAGCGCUAUCCAACUUUUGUUGACCUCGCAAGGUCGGUGGGUAUGCAAUUCAUGCUUGCGACAGAUCUCGAGGAGGCAACUUAGCUACCGCCAGCUAUCUUCUUCUUCUACCACCGACCAACGUCGCGCGACGAAACAGGCGAGGGGCCAAAAUGUCCACUCACACAGUAAUAACAACAGCACACAGUCUCUACCCCGCCAAAGGUCGUUUCACUCCGGAACCAACCAACUACGGCGCGAGCAUGCUCCCGAUCAACCUCACCAGGCAGUGCCGCUAGGUGAUUUCUACACGGACCUACUCUCCUCGCCCAUGCGCGAGGCCCCUCACACGGACCAUAGUGCACUGCCUACGUUUGUGACGACAAAGGACGAGUCGGUACAAGCAAGAGCCAGGAAAUUAUUCGGCACGAUCGAAGGGUCGGGUUACAAGAGUACCACCUCAGAGACACCCGACGCGACGUGGAGGACCAUCAACGGGGUUCCUGUGCCCCCGAGACCGGCCGAGCCGGACAAUUGUUGCAUGAGUGGUUGCGUGCAUUGCGUGUGGGACGAUUACAGAGACGACGUGGAGGCGUGGGCUGCGAGGGUACGGGAAGCUCAGUCAAGAAAGUCACCGAAUCAUCGGCAGACGGAGGAUCCCAAGUUGAGGUUAUCCAGACCCGAAGUCCAUGAAGCUUCGGGCAGUAUGGACGAAGACGGCGGUGGGAGCGAAGGUCUUUGGACGGCACCUGCUGCGCCGGACGAUGAGGAUGCGCUGUUCGCCGACAUACCUGUGGGGAUCAGAGAAUUCAUGGCCACCGAAAAAAGGAUAAGAGAAAGAAAACGAGUAAAGAUGCAGAGAGCUUCAUGACGGUGAUGAUUCUUGGAAUGCAGUAUUUGGGAGCUUUGUUAUUGAGCGAUGAAUGACCUAGAGAAUUGUCUAUAGAAUUCUGAUGACUUGUGGAAUAUACUUGUAUUUGACCUAGUGUUCUACGAGAAGGAGGAAUAUGUAUGGGAACCUGAGGAUUAGUCCGAACAGAUCACAACCAAUAUGUCUCUACAUAUAUAUCUAUAAAAUUCGUGCUGUGGCGGCUCAGCAUUAUCGAAUCGCUGUAAAGUUGGCUUGUGGAUAUCGGCAGUUGGGAAUUGGGUAAUUAACCCAUAGACUCCUG